CGGCGCGGCAGUGGGCGGGGCGCUGUCGGGUGCGGAGCGGCCAUGACGGCGCACAGCUUCGCGCUGCCGCUCGUCCUCUUCUCCGCCUUCUGGGGCCUCGUGGGCAUCGCCGCCCCCUGGUUCGUGCCCAAGGGGCCGAACCGCGGGGUGAUCAUCACGAUGCUGGUCACCACCGCCGUGUGCUGCUACCUCUUCUGGCUCAUCGCCAUCCUGGCCCAGGCCAACCCCCUGUUCGGGCCUCAGCUGAAGAACGAGACCAUCUGGUACGUGCGCUUCCUCUGGGAGUGAGCAGUCCCUGGGAGCUGGCACCUCAACAGAGACCACCAUCAAACCAUCACCCUCUUGUAGCUGUUCCAGCCUCUACCUUCCUGUACCAAACAGCCCCCAGAGGUGCUGGGAGAGAGGCUGGACCCACUCCCCAAGCACACCUGGAGCACUGCAGCCUGGACCAAUGGAUGGCUGGGCCCCCAAGCACAGCAGGCAGCAUCCCUGGAUGAGGGCCUACUAAUCCGGCCCUAGGAGCAGGCACACUGCCAGGGAGAGAUCCCUUCAGCUGGCCCAGUGCUGCAGUGACUGAGCACCAUCCUGUGAGGGAUCUGUGUGUGGUGCCAGCAGAUCCUGUCCCAGCAGUGCUUGUCCUACCCUCUUGGUGUGUUCAGCCCUAGCCCCCACGUGAAACCCGUGCUCGUAGCUUAAGCUGCCCAACUAGUUGCCCUGUCCCUGAUCAUUACAUCCACUGGCUGCCCGUCUGCAUGAGAACACAGAAACCAUUGCAUCCUCGGUGGUCUGGCCAGUCCCAUGUGGUGGGGGUGGGAGAAUGGAGGGUUGACCAUGGAGGAGCAUGCAGAGCCCCUUGGGUGUGAUAAGGGAGGUGUUGGGGUCUGCUGGCAGGGAUGGAAAAAGAGCUGUCUCCCACCUAAGCAGUGAGGCAGCUGCAGUAGUGUUUAGGUAUCUCCACCAUAAGAUGGGCCCAGGUUCUGAGAAGAGCCAAGUAGGGCAUUGUGUUUCAGGCUUCCCUUUAUUUAUCAGAUAAUUUAUCUGUACUUAUUUAUUUGUCUGUGUCGUUUAGCUUGUGUUGUGGAAAUAAAUCGUUUUUCUAGUAA